UCCCAUUCUCAGAACUCAUUACUACACCUAUUCCCUCAUUCUCCCUGUCAUCGUGCAUUUUCUCUCUCUAAAGAAUAUUUUAGAGAGAGAAAUCGUCGCCGGAAAAACCAAAGAAAAAAAAUAUCAAAGAAUGGAGAAAAUGAGUGGGAUUGGGAAGAGAUUUGCGGUGUUGUUAUGUGCAGAUGAUUCAGAGUAUGUAAAGAAAAUGUACGGAGGGUAUUUUGGGGUUUUCGUGAGAAUGUUGGAGGAGGAAGGUGAGAGUUGGGACGUGUACAAGGUGGCGCGUGGUGAGUUUCCUAAUGACGAUGAAUUGGUUCUUUACGAUGGUUUUGUCAUCACUGGCAGUUGUAGUGAUGCACAUGGAAAUGACACAUGGGUCGGUGAACUCCUCAAUUUGCUUAACAAAUUGAACAACAUGAACAAAAAAAUCCUCGGCGUUUGUUUCGGUCAUCAGAUACUUGGUCGUGCAUUGGGAGGGAAAGUGACUCGCUCUCCAACUGGUUGGGACCUUGGUGUUAGAAACAUAACAUUGUCAUCAUCCUUGCCAUACCCUUUGUCUUCUCUUGAACUUCCAUCAAAGCUUUCAAUUAUCGAAUGCCACAGGGAUGAGAUUCGAGAGCUACCUGCCAAGGCUGAAGUGAUAGCUAGAUCGGAUAAGACUGGAAUUGAGAUGUUUAGAUAUGGAGAUCACAUUAUGGGAAUUCAAGGUCAUCCUGAAUACUCUAAAGACAUUCUUUUUAACAUUAUCGACCGUCUUGCUCAGAAUAAUUUCAUCACGGAAACUUUUGGUCAGAAAUCAAAGGAGAAAGCUGGAAUGUGGGAGCCAGAUAAGGAGGCAUGGAGGAAACUAUGCAUCACCUUUCUCAAGGGUCGCUAUUGUGAAAGAAAUGGAAUAGAAACGAUAAGUUACUUGUAGAAAAAAUGUGUAGUAUUAUUCUGAAGUGUAGUCGUGUGGAAGAAAAAGUUAAUAGGGAAAUCAAUUAAGUGUACUCCAUUGGAGUUAGCUACCAAGCAACAUAUAUGCAUGUGUUAGUAUGGCAACUAUAAUUAGUCAUAGAAAAUUUGGUGCAGUCUAUGUUCCUGAAAUUGUCAAUAUUUAAAUUAAAGUAAUAAAAAGCUUUUCAGUUAUCUUCCGUCUAAA